UUCUCCAUUUUGGUUCCACCCAAUAAGUUCAUUUCCAAUGCAAUUCCACGGAUUUAAGGAAACCAAACUACUUAUCAUAUAGUUUUCCCGUAUUGUGGAUAUAAAAGCAUUUGGGAAUAUCCAGAGCCUCUAACGAAUGAACAAUGGCAGCUGCAUACUUAUCCAUAGCUCCUACCGCUUCCGCUCACACCCAUAUGCCUAAGCAAUUCUCAACUCCGAAAUUUAUUACCGCUUCUCGUCUCCCAUUCACUUCAAUCCCAACUACAUCUCCAUGUCGUCCUUUGUCUACAUUGAAUCACAAGAAGGUCCUCAGAAUCAUAGCACAAGUUCAAGUGCAGGAGGCUUCAGUAUCUGGCAAGCAGAAAGAAGAGUUUGAAAGGAAACUAUAUGUGGGCAAUAUCCCUAGGACUUGUACCAAUGAGGAGCUUGGUAAAAUCUUUGCUGAAUGUGGUGCUGUUGAGAAAGCAGAGGUUAUGUAUGAUAAGUAUACUAGGAGAAGUCGACGUUUUGGUUUCGUGACAAUGAGCACUGUUGAGGAUGCUCAAGCAGCUGCUGAAAAGCUGAAUGGAACUGAAAUAGGUGGACGUGAGAUUAAGGUAAAUGUUACAGAGAAACCCUUGGAUAUGUCCACUUUAAAUCGGCUGACAGAAGAAGUCCCAUUCAUUGAAAGCCCAUAUAAAGUAUAUGUGGGUAAUCUGGCAAAGACAGUAACCACUGAAACCCUGAAAAAUAAAUUUUCUGAGAAGGGGAACGUUUUGGAUGCAAAAGUCGUUUGUAUACCGCAAACAAGAAAGUCAUGUGGCUAUGGAUUUGUUUCGUUUUCAUCAGAAGCUGACAUGCAGGCUGCCAUUUCCUCAUUCAGUAAUGCGGAACUAGAAGGAAAACGAAUGAGUGUGAAUGUUGCAUGAAGAAUCAACCACAAAUUGUGACUACUGACAAGAAGGACUACCAUGUCUGAGUAUCUGUUCAUGGAGUGGACAUUGAAGUAUGCUCUAUGGUGUAUGCUUUAUGAGGUCAUAUAAAUUUGAGAAAUUAAGGCAAAUCUGCCCUUUUGAUUGCAGGCCAUGUAUGAAAAUUAUUCUAUCGAGGACAGUCAGAAGCAAAUAACUGAUGUAUAUCCUCCCUUCACAUUUUGUCUGAUGUGAAAUUUAAAAUUUUGGGCAUUAUCUACAAUUCAUGAGUAUUUUAAUGAA